AUGCGGGAGAGGCCGUUCGUGCGACAAAAGUGGUUGAAGCGGCUUCGACAUGAGACCGCCAUAAACAUUGAAUCAGACCACCGGGAUGCUUCUUCUGCUGCAUUUUCCCCUUCCAACACUACCUCCACUCCCGCUUCAGCACGUGCCCCUGCCUUUUCUUCCGGUCAAGAAGAUGUCCAUACGCCUCCCUCAGCGUUGACUCGUGUGGGGAGGGAGCACGUGCGGAGCGUAGUGGAGCUGGCGCUAUCGGAAGCGCGGGUUAAUGCGUUCGUUGUGAUCAGCUCCCUCGAAGGGCUCUUGUCGGUGGCAACGGAACGGUUAGGACGGGAGGGAUCAGUCGGAACUCCUAAUAGCCUCCACGAUGUCAGCCAAGCGGGCCGCAGAAGUGAAGGUGGAGACGAAACAAACCGCACCGGUGAGUCUUCACAAUACUCUGCUGCGAAGCUUGGCGGAAGGUCUACCAAGCUCUACUCCGGCGCCGGACGCAACGACAGCGGCAGUGAAGAUGGUUCUCUUCGGCGCGCACAGCGCGGCCACCCGACCACGCCCUCCUCGACAAAGGGCAGCAGCCCUGGCAUAGGAGAGAGCGGUGCUGCUCUGUGCGUAAGACUCGGGGCGGUUCCCGCCGUGCUUGGCUGUCUGGAGGAGCACGCCGGCCACAAGACGAUCGAGCCCCUGGCGGUCCGGCUCCUGUGGGUAUUCGCGAGCGAGGUCACAGCCGCUGCGGCUAUCAGAGGGAACCCUGCCGUAGCCGCUGCUUGCGCCGCCAGAAUGACACCGUCAGCGGCUCUCCCUGCCACGUGUGCCAUCGACGACAACGGCGGCACAGCGAACACAUCCACAGCAAGCUUCCUGUCGACAGGUCAAGCUUCGCAUGGAAGAGAGGUAGGAGAUGAUCCGGGUUACGAUCGGAGGAAGGGAAGCGCCGGCAGAAGAAAAACUCUGGGAAAUGCGACAUCGACCAUGGAAGCGUCUGCUGAAAAGUUCGACAGCAACGGCACAUCGGCGGUGAAGCCGCCUGGCCUUGGUGGACCUGAAACAGGAUCGACAGCAGGUGAUGGCCAUGGCUCGUCUUUAGCAGUCCCGGCACCGUCAACGAUGGCCAAACUACUGCCAUGCCUGUCAAGCAACACGAGGUUGGAUGGUGAAGAAGAAGAAGAUGCUAGCCCGGAGAGACAACGUCGAGAUCGGGUCAUGUCGUCAGCAGCUUCAACGCGGAAAAGUCCGUCCGGGUCUCCACUGAAACUUCCGACGACGGAUCUAGUCUUCGUCCUUUCGGUUGCCAUGCAGGACACCCCCGAGUGCCAGCGUCUCGUCCUCAAGGCGGGGGGCGUGGCCGCCAUGUCCACCACGCUGCAGCAUCUCAUUUCAAGAGUGAAGCAAGGAGCGGGGUCUAGGUGGGACCGAAGUGAAGAGGAUUGCAGCGACAGUUACGCUCGGUUGGCGGAGAUGUGUCUGAGAGUUAUGGAACACCUUGGUCGCGUCGAGCGCGGGCGGCGGCGGCUGGAAAGGGGGGGCUACGUGGAGAUUGCUAUUUCGACCAUCCGCUGCUUCAGGGGUUGCCACCGUGGACGCGAUCGGUUUCGAAUCGUUGGGAAACUGUGGCCAUGUGCGGAGCACACCCGACAACCGCGCGCCCGGUCGAGCGGCGGCGGGAGCAUUUUUUUCUGUACGUGUGACAUACUGUCAACCAGGCGGCGUUUGUUGUACUUGCAUCGUUGUUGCCCGUCCCAGGCGCGUGGGUUUCGUGUAGUGUUCGAAGCGAUGCAGAGGCUGGUUGGGAAUGACUUGGUGCAAGUCAAGGGCGCCGAGAUGCUUCAGACGUUGAUCAACGAAGAGCCACAGGCGAGGCGAGAAAUGGACAGUAUCAAGGGGGGCUGGCAGUGGCUGUGCCAGGGGACCUCGGGUGGUGACGCGUUGAUCCGCUACGCACCGGGCGAGAAGCACAUACCUGGGUGGACUGUGAGUGAGGAGGAACGACUAACCACGGAGAAGGCGCUGGAGACAGCGGAGGUGGCCGCCUCCAACUGGACGCCGUACAACCUCGCAACCUUCAUGGGUACCAUGCGCAGCCAACACCAGCUGCAGGUAGGUAACAUGCUGCUUGCAGAUCGGUGCCACGGAUACGAGGAUGAGAGGCACAUCCGGGUCGGCAACAUCACGCAAAGACGGCUGGCCAGAGAUAAGACCGGGGCGCACGCUAGAUCACUGUACUCUUCCUCGACUCUGUGACUUGUCCACCCUUAGAAAUUCGUUCUCUAUUUUGGUUCGAUGACAGAGUGUCACGGGUAUGUUCGGUCUUCCACAUCGCCCUUCGUCUCCAUGAGUUGCGAGUAGAUCGUGGUGUGUUGCCUACAUGAUGAAUUUUGGAUCCAGCUACAUGUAGAGCAUAGAUGCUUUACAUCGACACCUAAUAUGUGAGUAUGUUGGUGUCGGAUGCAGCAGGGCAAUCUUGAAAAUACGUGUCUGGGUAGGGCCAGAACUCAUUGAAGUCACGGAUGUGAAAGGGUGUGCAAGUGACAAACACCCUCUACUCGCGAGAAGGCAAUGUGAACCGUGAACUCCCUCAUCACGAGUGAGUGCAAGCUUGACGGCUACGCUACGCUAUGGUGUACUUGAGUCCGGGGGUGAUCAAUCUCCUCCCACGCCAGCUAAUUUUUUCUCGGGGGCAACAUGCUGUUGUUAGGGGGGGGUGGGCGUUUUCUUAUGUUUUGCAUGCCUUAGCGGUUAGACCAUUGACCACGCGUCCUCGAGAGGACGGAGCAUUGUUCCCACAGGACCGAUCACCGAUGGCCAAUCGUUCCUUUCUACUUUGCCAAAGGUGGCUCAAAAAUGUCUUCCCUAGUCUGUCUAUCCUAACGAUAUCCCUUCCCGCCUUUUCAACCCACCUCCUAUGCCCCACUACAGCUACCUUUCCUCUCUAUUCCAUGCCUCAAACAUCUCCCUGUACGUCCCAUCUAUUUUUCCCAGCUCAGUCACGUACACUUCCCUCUCCUUCUUGUACAAGGGACAUUCUGCGACUACAUGAACGCGGUCUUCGCAUUCGAAGCCGCAAUCACAUUUGAACUCGCCGUCUUCGUCGCCUACCGUCCUAUGUCUUCGUCGACGUUCUCGAAGGCCUAUGUCCCCAGUCCUGAAUUUGACCUUAAGCUUUGUUCCUGCAUCCAUUGGUCCAUGUAGGUAGUCCUUGAACCUUAUUCCUUCCUUCAACAUUCCGUACACUUCUAGACCCGCCUUAUCCUUGGAUUCUUUCUUUAGAUUCCGCUCGUCUCUCUCGGCACAAGCAACAGAUACAAACUGGUCCAGCUAAGACGCGUAUUUCACGGUUGGAGCGGUUUUUUCGAAUCAGAACCUGAAAUUUUGAGACGUCAUCUGCAUGAGUACAACAAAAAUAAAAGCCACUGCGCCAUUUGGAUUUUUUCAUGAGUUACCCCUAUUGUUGUAAGUAUGGGAAUACUUGUUUUGGGACAAAAGUGACUAGAAAAAAAUCCAAAUGGUGCAGUGGCUUUUUUUUAGUUGUACUCAUGCAGAUGCCGUCUCAAAAUUUCAGGUUCUGAUUCGAAAAAACCGCGCGGAAAAUCCAGAAUUUCGUUCUGGCCUCAGAAGAACCUGGGUGCAGGGGCACACCAUUUAUUUAGGAAAAUGAGGGGUCUGGGGACCGUAGAGACGUGUGCGAAAGCGGUGUAGUUGGCAGGAGCCACACUGGCGCUGCCUACCAGCCCAUGACGUACCUGAGUUGUACCCACUGGGUGUGAUGAUGUGAAACAUACAUUAAAAGCUCACGACGCCAACAUGCACGUGCACUAACUCGAACAAGUAUGUCUCAACUCGACCGGAAAAAAAGCAGGUUUUUACGGCAGCACCGCACGAUAUUUUGCACACAACCACACCUAUGCCAAACCUGUAAUACAAAGCCAACAACAACACCCACGCUGCGUAAAACAUACAACAAUACAAUCUUCAACAACAUAUGUAUGUAACUCUCUAAUGCACGAUUACGCCCCCCCCCCCUUCCGGCCGGCCGGCCAAGGUCGCUGCUUGCCAAGGAAACCGGGCUCCAUGUCCGUAUGUUGCGGUGAGCCUUUUGGGUGUCGCGCAUUUUCUCGACCAACUGUAGACCCUGGCCAUCUACCGCACCCAUCUGUAUUUCGCGGUAAGCUCGGCAGUAGUCUCGUGUACGCCGGGCAAGCGUCGCACCCGACCGAUCAUCAAAUGCUUUUCCCUGCACAUCGAUUUCUCGAUGU